UUUUUCUUGGGGAGUUCUUUCCCGACACUCUCGCUAACACAGAUGAAAUUUCCCUCCGGGCUUCUUCCUUCGGUUGAUGUUGCAUACAUUGAAGACGCGAGUCCGGAUCCAUCGAGUGAAAACCCGCAUUCGAAGACCUGGGUUCCGUCGAAUCCCCGAGGUGCGGAGAUGCUUCCUCCCGAUAUAGUUGCUGCUGAAUCCGAUUUCAACUUACGCAGGCUGUGGGGAUUGCCUGAGGAGGAUUUCACAGACAAGCCGAAGUAUCUAGUUGCAUUUACAGUUGGUUAUGACCAGAGACACAACGUCGAUGCAUGUGUCAAGAAGUUUUCAGACAACUUCACCGUUGUUCUGUUCCAUUACGACGGACGACUCUCUGAAUGGGAAGAAUUCGAGUGGUCUAAACAAGCAAUACACGUCAGUGUACGAAAGCAGACCAAAUGGUGGUACGCUAAAAGAUUUCUGCAUCCUGACAUUGUCGGGUCGUAUGAUUACAUAUUCUUGUGGGACGAAGACCUCGGGGUUGAACACUUCGACCCAGAAAAGUACAUCGAGCUCAUCAAAAAGCACGGUCUUGAGAUAUCGCAGCCGGCUGUCGAAUCCAAGCAAAAGAUAACGUGGGAGAUAACAAAGAGAAAACCCGAGAGCGAAGUACACAAAGAUUCCAAGGAGAAACCUGGUCAUUGCAGCAGUCCCGUUCUUCCUCCCUGUGCCGGGUUUGUAGAGAUCAUGGCUCCGGUAUUUUCAAGAUCAGCAUGGCAAUGUGUAUGGCACAUGAUUCAGAACGACUUGGUACAUGGUUGGGGUCUCGAUUUCGCUUUCGGGGCAUGUGUUGAGCCUGCGCAUGAGAAGAUAGGAGUUGUGGAUUCUCAAUGGAUCAUGCAUCAGAAUCUUCCUUCCUUAGGCAACCAGGGAGAAGCACAAGAUGGGAAAUCCGGGUGGCGACGGGUGAGGGACAGAUGCCAACGGGAAUGGACGAUGUUCCAGAACCGGAUGGCUGCAGCCAAAAGGCGGUAUCUUAAAUCAAUGGCGACGGCUUCUUCUUCUUCUUCUCCGAACUCUACCAUUCAUUAGGACAAGAAAAAGGUCGAGAUUAUCAUCCAAGAAAAGCUAU